UCCAGUCAUCAUACGCGCGAAACUGCUGAUGCAGGAGUUGUGGCUGCAGAAAAUCGGGUGGGAUGAUCCGGUUCCUGCACAUAUCUGCAACAAAUGGAAAUCGGUUACUGACGACUGGAAGGAUUUGGCUGACUUCAAAAGUGAACGUUAUGUGCUUUUACCUAACUCUGAAAUACAGUUCCAUAUAUUUGCAGACGCGUCAGAGGUUGCAUAUGGUGCCUGUAUUUACGCUCGUUGUGAGGACCAGCAGGCACAGGUACGAGUGACUCUGCUCGCGUCGAAAUCUCGGGUGGCUCCACUGAAACGUGUUACGUUACCGAGAUUGGAGCUUUGCGCAGCCGUGCUAGCAGUACAUCUGCAUCAUCGUGUUCGACGGGCGAUGAAAAUCGAUGCGACCGAAUCGGUUUUCUGGUCGGAUUCAACUGUGACGCUAAACUGGAUUGCGUCUCCACCCAACACCUGGAAAACAUUCGUGGCGAAUCGUGUUGCUGAGAUCCAGAAUUAUUCGCAUCCCCGACAAUGGAAGCACAUUCCCGGUACAUCGAAUCCUGCAGACCUGGUGUCCCGAGGGAUGUCCGCAGCUGAGAUGCUGAAAAGUUCGAUGUGGCGUUGUGGUCCCGAUUGGUUGGCUUUACCUGCCUCUAACUGGCCUAUUUCGAAUCCAUCACUGGCUACUGAAACGGAUAUGGAAACUCGUCAGAACGAUCAGCUACAAAACGUCAUCGCAUCCAAAUGUUCCGACUUGGGUAUCACUUGGCACUUUACCCCACCUAAGGCCCCACAUUUCGGUGGAUUGUGGGAAGCCGCGGUAAAGACGGCCAAACGACAUCUCUAUCGGCACCUAGGCAGUUCGAGGCUGUCGUAUGAAGGGUACUGCACCAUUCUGCAGCAGAUAGAAGCGGCAAUGAACUCGCGUCCUUUGUUGCCGCUGACGGAUGACCCGAAUGAUCUGGCGGCGCUUACUCCUGCGCACUUCCUUAUUGGCACGUCGAUGCAUGCGGUGCCUGUUCCCGACUACACCCGCUUGAAGGCCUACACGUUAGACGAAUUGCAGAGCUGGCAAUUGCUUGUUCAACGCUUCUGGAAGCAUUGGGCAACAGAAUAUCUGCAGGAGAUGCAGAAGGAUAACAAGGUGGUGAAUCGUAGUGAGAUAGUACCUGGCAGACUGGUCAUCCUAGUGGACGAUUCGCUUCCCAUCACCCGAUGGCCCCUCGCACGCAUUGUCGAAAUACAUCCCGGAGAGGAUCAGCUUACGCGUGUAGUGAAGCUGAAAACGGCGAAAGGUAUAAUUACGCGUCCAGUAACUAAAAUUUGUCUGUUACCUGUUGCGAAGCCGUCUGCUUAGUAGCACGUGUAACUUGUUUUGUUUUCUUUAUGACGUUCUGUCAUGGGGGGGAGUAUGUUGACGCGUAGACGUCAAGAGGGCCAUUUGACGAAAGCUAGUUUCGUCAAGUGAGUAGUGAGAAAAUAGUGAGUAGUGAGAUGGUCUCUCACGAUAGGAACACUCAUGAAAAAACUUAUAAAUAGGGCUAGAAAAAUGGAAUAAAUCCUCUUACAUUUUGGAACCUCGAAAAACUACAA